UUAUGUGUGUGUGAUGUCACUCGGCUUCUGCCGCAGUUUAGGCAAACUUUUGCGUUUAUACAAACUACGUUUACGUUUAUGUAACUAUGCUUGACCAUUUAAACAUAGGCUAUUUAUUUUCCCACAGCUGGAAAUGUAAGCGACAUGCGUUCAAACUCGCAGCUCAGAGGCUGGAGACACCCUUGUCAGUCGUCAUCCAACAUUCGUGAGGCAGUGAAUAAUGAAUAUUCCUGGCAACUUCAGCAAAAUACCAUGACACCAUGGAGGAGUCUGAGGACAAGAUGGGAUGACAGUGCAUGCACAGCAAGAGGAAGGAGAACAUCACCCUCUUUAUCUGCCUUUUCAUUAUUUGAUGAACCAUGCAGAUCAGAAAAUCCUGGCUUAUUCCUGAGCCGGACACGCAGUGUUCCUGAAACCCUCCAUUGUUUAAACAGUCCAUCAUUACGUUCUAGUUUCUCCUUGAUCACCAUUACCGCCCAGAGUUUAUCUUCUAAAAGGAACAAAACAGAUUAUCCAAGCUCAAGUAUUAACCCUCUGGACAUGCUUGACAAACUUCACUUCACUCCUUCCUCUGUCAUGACCUACAAUGAGGAUAAAACCCUACAAGCCAAAAGUGGUGGCACCUUGAUACCUCUUAGAUGCAAGCCAGUUGUAGUGACAGUGACUGAGUGCACACAAUGGUGUUGCAGAAGUGAGAUGCCUAGUAGUACCCAGGCUCUAUCAGAUGGAGAGGCAGUCUGCAAGACAGACUCUUCGACCUCCUCCAAACGGCAUGUUUUCCGCAGUUGCGCCCACCUGGAGGUUCUACCAUGCCAGCUCUCCAGAUCUACUCUCUACUUGGACAAAUCCCUCUCAAUCCCUCUUGAACAGUCUCAGGAAGACUCUGGGACUUUGCAUAGAUCUACUCUGUCCCUUUCCCUUGGAAGGACAUUUUUUAAGCAAACCUCAGAAAAACCUGGGACAGUGACUUAUUUUAAAAGGUCCUACAGCGACUGGGACAUUGCGCACAGUGGCGUUGAUGGAAUGGAAAGACCGUCCUGGCACCUGACGGAUACUCCAACCAUCAAUGGUAGUGCCUUUAGGAAUAAUACGAGCUCUGGCUCCAACAUGCACUAUUCCACUUCAACAUCAUUGCCAUUCAGAACAAGGUGCCACUCAUCCUCUGCAGCCUUCAGACUGAAUGGAAAGGCUAAUGAUGUAUUAGGGCCUCCGCAGAGCAAUCUAAGAGCCAGACAGGCAUUCAGCAAGCGAUCAGAGCCCAUUUUAAAUAAGAUGGUGGACUCCUCUGUGAUAAUCAGUGUGAAACACCACAGGCAAGAUCAACAUGCAACAACUGAAUCUGACUUAAAGGAUUCAGAGGCAAACUCUUACAGAAGUAUAGGAGUCCCUCAGGUGCGUGCAAGGGCCCCUCAUGAGGUCAGAACAAUUUCGAACACUGCUGAGAAAUUCAUGAGAGUUACUGAGUGCCCGGUCUCUCCACAUAUGGAUAAUUGCACCUGUGGGUCCAGGGCUGACCAACAUGACACUAAACCUCAGUCGCUUAGCUUGAGGGAAGCUCUUGAGCUGUUUCGUCCAGAUUUCAUCUAUCGCUCUCAGAAUCGGGUGUGGCAAUUGGAACAGAGGGCCAGGCAGAGGCGGAGCUUACAAACAGUUGCAUUUAUCAUGGGCAUGGAGACAGCUAACCAUCAGCAGAAUUGCACCAAACCACACCCACUUAGUGAUAACCUUUUCAAACCCAGGGAUAGAGCCAUCUCAGGCAAGGAGAUGAAACAGAGAUCCAGACGGAUUUAUAACAAACUCCCUGAGGUGACUAGAAAAAAGGAGGAGGAGAGGAGGAGACUGGUGUCCCAUACCAACAGACUGAGGGCAGAGGUCUUCAAAAAGAAACUUUUGGAUCAGAUUCUUCAAAGGCACAGUGACUGAGAGGAGUGCCUGUUCACAAGAUUCAUACCCCCCUUCUAUCUCCUUGCCUGGGGCAAAGAAUUGAAAACAAGGAAGACUUCUGGAGCUCCCUCAUGAGAACAGAGCAUACUUUCUUAUGCAUUGUUUCUAAUAUAAAAUACCUUUACUGGAUCUAGGAUGAAUCCACACAAUGUAAAAAUGUGUGUCCAUGCCCUGUUGCAUGCUGUUCAAAAGGCAUUUGUUGUUGUUUUUCAAGAAAAGACACAUUGAUAGAAGCAAUAAAUCCAUGCAUUUAUUUAUGUACCAACACGUAUCCUCAUUUACUGAAGACCUCUAGACCAUAUUGCAGUCAGGGACAGUUAUUUCUCUGUAUUCUCUUGAAAAUUAGCCCAGCCAAAUAAUCACUACUGAAGAUAGUGUGGAGAGCUAAUUAAAAUCUGGUUUUAAAUUAUAUUUGACCCUACUUUUCAUGUUUUGUGGUUCAAAUAAAAUAAGCACAAUGCCACAAAAUAUGAAUAUGGUAAUUUGGCCUGCAUGAGUAAUUUUCCAAAACAGAUGGCCUAAAUAAUAUGCUUUUUCACAUAUUUGUUCAAAAUAGCCAUGCCCUAUGCAAAAUGGUCAAUUCAGCCUGAUUCAGAACAUUGGAGAUUACCAAACAAAUGAUGUCACAUUCUGCCAAUUUUUCACUGACUUAUUAUUAGAAUGAUUUUUUUUUUUUUUUUUUUUUUUUU